GUAUCUUAUCGAUUUGGGUCGCGACCCAUUUGAACUGAGCACAUUAUUCAAGUAUAAUUACGACAGUGCGCUCAGCAUUGCUCAUGUGGACAUUUCACAUAUUUCUCUGCAUUACAUUAUGUACAUUAACACUAAGUGACGACAGCGACGAACCUAUUUUGUAUUACUAUGGCUUAGAGGAGAGCGAGCGCGGGCUGGGAGCGUGCGGGGCGCGGCAGGCGUGCUCUGCACUGCUGCUGCGGCACUGGCGAGCGCCCGCAUUACUGCGCCUGUGUCGCUGUCCCCGCAGGCAGCGCUGCGAUACGCGCGCAUCUAAUGACCGACUGGUAGAGCUCAACAAUAGAGCUUAUUUCCAGUUCUGCACGCCGGUAACAAAGUGGCCUGAAUGCACUCUAUCCGACACACCACUCAUCGUCGACACGCAGUACGACCGAAUGAACCCGGACGAAAUUGAGGCGAUGCACCAUCAAAACGUUGCACUAGUACCGCCGAAUGUCACUCUCAACUGUCUAUGUCAUUAUCCUAACUAUUGGCGUUGGAACUCGACACAGGGCACUAUAUCAAAGUAUCAAUGUGGCUCGAUGCCUCUAUGUAAGUCCGGAGACUUCUGCGGCAACGUGAACUACGAGCUGAACGCGCUGUACCAGUGGUGCCUGUGCCCGCGGCAACACAUGUGUGCACACAACGGCGGCGUCACACGUCUCUACAUAUCGGAGCUGCUGUACCGCGGCCGCGGCUGGCGCGCACAUUGCCACCCGCUAUACCAACACUACGACUACUACUACGACGAAAACUAGUCACAAUUCAUGUUUUCAUUGAAAACUUUGCCAUAGCCAAAAUGUUAUUACAACUUUGUUAUUAAAAGCUUUAAAAAAGAUGAGGUAAUUUUUAAUGUUCAUAUUACCACUACAAGGGAUAUAUUUAAAACAUUAGUUACAUAUUUCACAGGCCAAUUAGUUCUGUAUGACGCUCUGUUCGUAGGAGUUUAUGAGGAACUUUAAG